AUGUCCGCAGAGUGGCCCAUGGCCCGAGAGAACCAAGCGUUGGAGUACAAGAGGGUGGGCAUUGGCCGCCAUGGCGGUGCCAGUAAUCGGCGUGUUGGGAGAGCCAGUUCCGAAUUAGUGCAUCGCGAUGCUGCCCGUCCCGCUUCCAUUGGCCCCCACUUGCAAUCUGUCCCUGAGUUGCGGCCAAGUCGUAGUCGUGAUGUCUCAAUGCCCCCUUUGCCGUCCUCUCCUACCCCUCCCGCUCAACAAAGUCGCCCAUGUUGCCCCCCUCCCCACGCAUUCCUCCGAUCGCCCUCUUUUCUGUUCACCGCCAGCCAACACGCAUUCCCCACCGGCGCGCCGCAAACUUUUUGCCCCUAA